AGUCGAGCCCCAAUCUCCGGAGAGUGGUCAAGUGGUGUCCAAUUAUGGGUGAGUAGUGUGGCGAGAAGCAGUGUGCACAAUGAGUAUCUACACGGGUGACUCGAUAAAGUUGCAAGACUACACAACGGUGGAGCACAGUGCAUCCCCUGUGAAUGAGCAGUUGAGUGAAAAGGGCAGCGAAAGGGUGUUUCUGGCGGAGACCUUCUAUAUCACCUCCAAGAAGAACACAGUGUUUCAGGUGCGCCUCUCAGAGAAGGGGCUGUGCCUGCGAAAGGAGUCCAGCAGCGGCGUGAAGGAGCAGACGAUUCUCCUGGCCGACAUCAUCGGCUGUCGCUGCCUGCGCAGCAAGAGACGCGGCCACGGAGGAUCAGCGUGUGCCUGCUCCGCCCUGCCGGGUCCCGCGCAACUCAAGGUGGUGGAGGCCAACUCGGGCGAACAGGACGAGUCGGACGCCAGUGCAUAUCUCUACAUCUACGCUUACAUCUUAAAGCGCUCUCGACGCGGCGGACGUCGCGAACGCACCACCAUCACGCUCAGAUUCCGCUCCUUCGACAAGUACGAUGACAACAAUCGCGAGGCCCAAAAGUGGCGCACAGCCAUCAAGGCGCUGAUCAAUGACGAAGUCCCCAAGACGCCCACUUACACGCCUUCCGACGCCCGCAAGAUGCUGAUCAUCCUCAAUCCAAAGUCGGGCUCGGGAAAGGCGCGCGAGGUAUUUCAGCAGCGCGUGGCGCCCAUCUUCGUGGAAGCGGAACUGCCCUUUGAGCUGCACGUCACCAAGAGGGCCAACUACGCCCGGGAGUUUGUGCGCACACGGGACAUCUUCGCCUUCCGCGGCAUCGUGGUGGUCGGCGGAGAUGGCAUCUACUUCGAGGUGAUCAACGGGAUGAUGGAGCGCCCGGACUGGGAGAGAGCUCUCGAGGAGGUCAGCGUGGGAGUGAUUCCAUGUGGAUCUGGCAAUGGAUUGGCGAGAUCAAUCGCCCACAGUUAUGGUGAGCCAUACGAGCCGAAACCCGUUCUGGGAGCCAGUCUGACGGUGAUUCGCGGACGAUCCACAACCAUGGACUUGGUGCGCGUGGAGACAAAGAGUCAGAUUAUGUACUCAUUCUUAUCAAUUGGCUGGGGCCUGAUAUCGGACAUCGACAUUGAGAGUGAGAGACUCAGAGCCAUUGGGGGUCAGCGCUUCACCCUCUGGUCAGUGCAUCGAUUAAUAAGUCUGAGAACGUACCAGGGACGCGUGUCGUACUUGCCGGCCAGUCAGGUGGUCACCAAUGGUGUGGAAAAGCAAUACGACGGUGGUUUCGGCAGGAAUUCUGGCCCGAUGAUGAGACACAGCUUGAGCUACAACAAUGCCCUGGAUUGCCCGGAUUGCCAUGGUGAGGGUGACUGCGAGACUUGUGAUACCGGAUUUGGGGAUGUUCUGUCGCUUGAGACGUCCACCGGACUCGAUUCAUUCCGUCCACGGCUGGAUAGUUGGUAUUCGGCAACAUCCCGCAAGAGUGCUUACUAUUCCACGGCGGAGAGCAUUUACCAGAGUGUUCACGAGAAGAGCUCGCAGGAGGGAAGCCGAGGUGACGAUGAGACGCAGUCGCAUCAGAUGUUUGGACCGGCUUCGCGAAUUCCUGCGCUCACAACUCCUGUGCCGGACACGUGGACGACCAUUGAGGGGGAAUUUGUGAUGGUUCAUGCGGCCUAUCAGAACCAUCUGAGCACCGAUUGUCACUUCGCCACGUCCUCAAAGCUGAAUGAUGGCAUCAUUUGGCUGUGCAUCAUUCGCGGUGGCGCUUCGCGGUCACAAUUGUUGACCUUCUUGCUGGGACUGAGUUCGGGAACGCACAUUCCCAGCACGCAAAGCGAGUACAUCAAGAUGAUCCCUGUCCAGGCGUUUCGGAUAGAGCCCACAAGUGGCGGGCCGCCGGGUUGUGUGACUGUUGACGGGGAGAAGGUGGAGUACGGACCCAUUCAGGGUGAGAUUUACGGAGAUAUGGCCAAUGUGAUGGUUCCUGCGCAAUCGUAAACUUCCACCGAGAGAUUCUGGGUCAAUUUUCUAUAUAGUGUUUACGAAAUUAUAGACAUUAUUUAGAGAGAUCGCCGAAUUCAGGUGAUUUGCAAUGCAAUUGAAGCAAUUAUCGCAUGAAAUAUUUAACUGUUUAACAUGAAUGGGAGCUCUCUACUUAAUUUCAAGCAUUUUGGGUGUCUUUUUGAAUACUAAGAAGAGUGUAUCUUUAUAAUGAGGAGAAAGAAAAAAACAUUCCGCAACACACACGAGUUAUCAGCCAGAAAACUGGCUUUUCUUCCGGCGAGCAUGCGGGGGGCAGAGUAAAAUCGAUAGUGUCAUUGGUCGUUUUCUUUUGUACACCAUUUUUUACUGCUAAGUAACACUAGGCAAGAGGAAUAACAAAGCUAAACUAAAGCAAAGCUCACACAUGGGGCUGUGAAUAUAAAUUUUUGGAGAAAAUACCAUGGAAAAUAAUCAAAUAUUUGUUGUUAUGUAUAAACGGAUUACAAGUUUAAAGGCUACUUCAAUGUAAGAUUAAGGUUGAUUGUGAGCUAUAAUUUACCCUUUGCUUUAUUUCAUGCUAGGGAGGUUCUUUUUUCUCGGUUAAGCACGUCAUAUCAGAAGGAGGAGCAGAAAAAAGCGCAACUAUGUAAAUACACACAAGACAUUCAAUAUCACAAGUUAGUAUCGCACUCGUGUUUCAUAAAUACGAUUAUACAAGGCAAGAACGUUCAGUCAUUACGAAGAGUCAUCAUUAGACCUAAUGAUAUAUGGAAAAAAUGUUAUUGCAAUUCAUGUUACCAUCAAUUUCGAUACAAAUUGUAAGACCUAAAUAUCUUAGAAUAGUGUGUAAAAUAUGGUAUAGAAUAGUGGCUAAAAUUCUCUAACUUGGUGAGAUUAUAGUGAAAGAAUAAUUGUAUAAUGAGGUUGUGGAGAUCUAAGGGGAUCCAAUAUAUUUCUUAAAUUCGUUAUUUAUCAUUUGCUAUGCCGUUUUUCUGGAAGAAAAAUCAGACACAUUUGGCCAAGGAAGUGAAAUUGCUGAAGAAACGAACUGCCAAUUUCGUAAAGCCUAACAAAAUUGAUAAGUUAUGUGAAUUUACCUGAUAUUUCAAACUAAUUGUAAAUGUAUUCGCAAGAUAAUUGCUUUCGUCUUCUUUUGGUGAUUUUCAAGCCCCAUCUAAAGUAUCUAAUUGAGCAUUUUAUGAGGCAAGGAAGUUUGUGGAGAUGCAAGUGAGGAGUUUACUGGUGAAUUUCAUUAUAAACAUAGUGAUAAAUAUGCAUGUUAAAACGUCCAAGAGGCAUACUUUAUGUCAUUCAUCUAGUGGAAGAGAGAUUGUUGAUGAAUUAUAGUGAAAAAUCAGUA